CUUCUUUUUAAUAGCCUGUAAGAAAAAGCUUAUAAUUAAUUUUAAGAAGAUGUACGCCACAAAUCAACAAACGCCAAUGUACAGUAGUAAUAUGAAUCCAUACCAUUGGAAUCAUCCAUUACGAGUUUCCAGCCAUGACCGUAUUGCUGUGUCCAAUCAUCCCAAUGAUUCACAUUGGUAUUCAGAUUCCGUACUUUGCCAUACUGGUCCCACUGUCUCCAGUCACCACCAACUCGCACCACCACCACCACCACAUCAUCCGCAACUAAAGAAUGAAACCACUGGUGGCGGCAAGUCGACUUACUCCAUGAUGGUUGGCAAUACAGGACCUCGUGCAGUGAUUCCUUCUAAACGAGCAGCACAAAACCGAGCCGCUCAACGCGCUUUUCGACAACGUAAAGAGCGUUAUGUCAAGGACCUCGAGAAGAAGGUCAAGAUGAUGGAUGAAUGGAAAAUGGAGUUGGAUCAAUUACGCAGACAAAAUCAAGAGUUACGAGAGAAUAACAUGCGAUUGGAAAAACAAAUUCAUCAACAAAAAAAUCAUGGUAAUCCUAUUUCACCUGUCCUCUCACCUUGUGUUAAACCCGAAAUUAUUCCUGCACCCGUGGUGGUAGUCAUGGAUAAAAGAAAGUCGCCUUCUAUCAUGACCCACUAUGACACAUCAGCAUCAGCAGAAGCAUCAGUAGCAGCAGCAGCAGCUGUAGCAACAGGAGGAGAUUAUUAUUCCAAUACAUCCAUCUACCAUUCACCCACUACUUCUUAUUCCUCCUCUUCUUCCUCCUCUGUGGUGGGCACCUUGGAAGAUGCUCGAUUACAUUAUCAACACUUGUCUUGGAAUUCUACCUCUGGCUCUAAUUCUGACUUUGAGCAACAACAUCAUCAUUAUGAUUUUAUGUCAACACAGCAACAAAAUGAAGGCCAAGCAUUGGAUGACUUAUGUACUGCUUUACAACAAAGUAGACAAAGAACAGAUACAGUCACAUUUAUGCAACAACAACAACAACAAAACUAUAUCAUGUUGAGUUCACCAUUAACUUCUCGAAAUGAUAAUCAUACCAUGCUCAUGUCACGCACUUAUUAAAUUUGCAUCACACAUUAAACCCUUUUUUUUUUUUAUUAUUAUUAGUACACACACAAAGUAAGAAAAAAAAGAAACUUAUGUAACACUCCACACUUUUAUGUAAUUAUAAUCCUUCUUUUAUUGACGACCC